ACAGAAACAGAUCAGACGGCAGGUCGGUCGGUCGGUGAACGGAGAGAGACACAGACACAAAAGUACCGGCGAUACAGAAAAAACGGUAGACCUGAGGCUUUCGGUGUCUCUGUAGGCGGUGGCGUUGGUUCCUUCUCCUGUGGACUAAGCGGGAAGUUUUUUUAUUCAACAGUCCGGUGGUCAGAUUGUCCACCAUGACGGGCAGUAGGGAGGAGGAGAGGAGGAAACUGGCCGACAUCAUCAACCACUGGAACGCCAACCGGCUCGACCUGUUCGAGAUCAGCCGGCCCACAGAGGAUUUGGAGUUCCAUGGCGUGAUGCGGUUCUACUUCCAGGACCGGGUCGCCGGUAACUUUGCCACCAAGUGCAUCAGAGUGUCGAGCACAGCGACAACGCAGGACGUCAUCGAGACGCUAGCCGAGAAGUUCAGACCCGACAUGAGGAUGCUCUCCUCGCCAAAAUACUCCCUGUACGAGGUGCACGUCAGUGGUG